GCAAAGCAAAAACAAGAGUUGCCCCCACAAGGGAGUAUUUUCUUUUGGACAAGCAAAGCUUUUCUGGCCCUUCAUUGGGAAGUAAUUCAUGUGGGUGGUUCUUCAAGUGCCUGCCCAGCUUCCUGUGGGCUGUGAUCCUGGCCAAGUCCAGCUCCCCAGCCCAGCGUCCUGCGUUUAAGGUCCGCGUUUUCUUCCGGGGACAAUGAAUCGUUCUUCCCAGGACACCGGCUCUCGCGGCCUUCCUGAAGACAGAAAGCUUUACGCUGUGGAUUCCAUAAAUGACCUAAACAGACUAAACCUCUGUCCUGCCGGAUCGCAGCAUCUGUUCCCUCUGGAGGAGAAAAUCCCAGCCGACGGCAGUAACUCAGGAAAUGGAAGCCACGGGCUGUUUUUGGUGGGGCUGAUAAUUGUGCUGAUUGUCAGCCUGGCGCUGGUUUCCUUCGUGAUAUUCCUAAUAGUGCAAACUGGCAACAAGAUGGAAGAUGUGUCCAGAAGACUAGCAGCCGAGGGAAAGGACAUAGCUGAUCUUAAGAAAAUGAACAGCAUAAUUGUAAAGCGACUCAACCAGCUGGACUUGGAACGGAACUAAGGAAAUGGGCUUCCGAGAGCAACUGCGGCACGUGAGCUUCGCGCUGUACUGGGAGUUUACAGGGAUGAGAACCGACUAAGGGCAUUUCUGCAGGCAACUAAAGGCCAACCUCCUGCCACAGGGACGGGAGCAACGCCGAGGCAAGCGGGGUGGGGUGGGGACAGCUGCCUGAAAGGGGCUAAGGCUCGUUUUGCGUUAAGGUCCUUGGGCUUUCAUGGGGAUAAGGGUGGCUGGCGCCGAGGAGAACCAACACUAAGAAAGAAGGGGACUCUGGCUCUGUACUUACAGCUUCUUUUACACACGGAGCUUUGUCACCAGAAUAAGUUCACUGUGGCCAGUGGACGUCAUGGCACCUCAUGUACCCUUAUGAACUUCCACAGAAGCCUAAGGAAUACACUGAAUUUUUUGUGUUCAAAGGAAUCAGGCGAUAACUCUUUUCAAUAAAAGAGGUUCUGCUCCAGUGA